AUGUUGCUCUUCUGCCCCAAUUGCGCCAACAUCCUCACCGUCUCUGCCUACGCGGGCGUGCGCAACCGCCUCGAGUGCCGGACCUGCCCCUUUGAGCACGCCAUCACCGAGCCAAUCUACUCACGCCGCGAGUUUGAGCGCAAGGAGCGCGAGGACGUCUUUGGCGGGCCCGGCGAGUGGGACAACGCCGACAAGGCGCGGGCCCAAUGCCCCAAGGACGGCUGCAACGGCGAUGAGGCCGCCUUCUUCCAGGUCCAGAUCCGCAGUGCCGACGAGCCCAUGACUACGUUCUACAAGUGCAUGACGUGCGGGAACCGGUGGAGAGAAAACUGA